CUAAAAUAAUCGAUUAGAUUAGACACUUUUACGAAAAUACUGGAAUAUAACAAUAGUUCCACUAAAAAUUUUGCAUAGAAAACUUCAACAAACGAACUCGGAAGAAAUUAAUUGAAAAGAACUAUGAUUUCCCUCAAAACCUCCUAUGAUCCUGAAGAGAAAAUCUGGAGUGGACCUGAAAAGAAAAGGCUCUUCAGUGAUGACAUGUCGGUGGGAGAAGUGGCUCUUUAUAUGUUGCGUGGCAAAAAUCCCGCCGAUAUAAUGCAAAUUUCUGAUCCUGACGGUAGGACUAUGACCUAUGGCGAGGCUUUAGCCGCGGCCAUACGUGUUGCUCAGCAUUUCAAGAAAAUGCAGUUAACAGCCGAUGAUGUAGUGGGUAUUUUUACACCCAAUACUAUGUAUAUGACACCGGUCGCAGUGGCUGCCUGGUUUAAUGGCACCCCCUUUCAGGCCACAAAUUGUCUAUUGGAAACAAGUGUGGUCAAACAUAUUUAUAGCUUGGUCCAGCCCAAGGUAAUAUUCUGUGAUGGCCAGUAUUAUGAAAAGGUGAAAACUGCUUCGGAAUCUUUUAAACCCUUGAUAUAUACUUUGUGUAAUCAUUUAGAUAAUGUGCCAAAAGUGGAGGAUCUUUUGGAGCCUACAGUUUCGGAACAUUUUUAUUUGGCCCAACCUUUAACCUAUGGUCCUUCGCAAACUAUGGCCAUAUUGGUUUCCUCUGGCACCAGUGGUCUGCCUAAAGCGGUAUGUGUUUCUAAUAGAGCCUGUACCAUAGAUUUUGGUUUCUCCAAUGGCUCUUCUACCUUAUUUACCGCCAGCACCCUGGAUUGGUCCUCCGGCCUUUUUACCUUAAUUGCUAAUGUUUUAGUGGGUGGUAGAAGACUUUUAACCACUAAACCCUUAACACCCGAAUAUUUACUAGAUUUGAUAGUCAAAUAUAAAGUCAAUUUUCUAGCUUCAAUACCCGGUAAUCUGGUGCAAUUAAGUCUAUUACCCAAUUACUCACCAAAGACCAUGCAAAGUGUACGUUUGAUUUUUAUGUCGGGAGCAUUUUGUUCGGAAGCCAAUCAAAAACGUAUACGUUCGGCCUUAACUAUGGGCAUUUUAAUUUAUGGUUAUGGUAGCACAGAAUUUGGAGGUAUUGCUGCCAAUUUGGCCGAUUAUAAAUGUCAUUCUGUGGGUCAAAUUGUUCACAAUGUUAAGGUAAAAAUUGUAGAUCCCGUUACGGGCGAACGUUUGGGACCCACACAAAUAGGAGAGAUAUGUGUCAGUCAUGGCAGUCGUUGGUUGGGUUACUAUAAAAAUCCGGAGGCCACUGAACAAAUGUUGGAUUCGGAAAAUUUCAUACACACUGGCGAUUUGGGUUAUAUGGAUGAUGAGCAUUAUCUGUUCAUAACGGGUCGUAGUAAAGAUGUUAUGAAAUACAAGGGUUAUCAUUAUACUCCUCAAGAAAUCGAGGAUAUUAUCGUGCAAAUUCCCGAUAUUAUAGAUGUUUGUGUUUUUGGGGUAUUCGAUGAAUUGUCCUAUGAUGUUCCGGCAGCAGCGGUUGUCAAACGUGAAGGCAGUUCUUUGACUGCUGAUGAGGUAAUGGAAUAUGUUCGCAAUAAAUCGGAGGUGCCACACAAACAAAUACAUUAUGGUGUGUUCUUUGUCAAGGAAUUACCCCGGAAUCAUAAUGGUAAAUUAAUGAGAAAUAAAAUUAAGGAAAUAUGUUUGGCUCUGGAGAAGGAGGGAAAUGAAAAGUAAACUACGUUUCUUUGUUCCAGAUUUUCGGAACCUAUUGACAUAUUUUUUUAACAGUGUUUUUUAUUAACUUUUUAUAGAAUUUUUUGUAAGAAAACAAGUACAUAAUUAAAAUUAUU